AUGGGGCCCCUGGGCAAUAGGGGAACAUGGGGCCCCUGUGUCCUUGCCCAAACUCAAAAAAGCCUAUGAAAAAGGUACCAGGGGCAUCUCAUGGGGCCCCCUACUGACCCCGGGGCCCUUGGGCAGUGCCCGAGUUUCCAAAUGGUCAGUCUGCCCCUGGGCAUAACUCUUUUUUUAAUUUACAUAAUUUGUUUGAAUUUUCACAUGUUGUUAGAGUAACACUUCUUCUAUAGUUACUCUUCUUCUUUUUCAUUGCAGUGUUUUGGAUGGCUUUGUAAGUUGUGCUUAGUAUUUUGAAUUUUA